AUGACUAAGAAGCGCCGUAGUCUACAUUACAGCUGGAGCUGGAGGAACAGAUGCUCAGUGCAGGAUUGGGCCGAUAUGCUGCUUAGGAUGUAUAUGAGAUGGGGAGAGAAGCAGAGGUACAAGACAAAAGUUGUUGAAAUGUUUAAUGGAGAAGAAGCAGGGAUCAAGUCAGCGACCCUUGAAAUCGAAGAGAAAGGAACUCAUAGGAUUGUUCGACAAUCACCAUUCAAUACCAAAGGCCUUCGCCAGACAAGCUUUUCCGGCGUGGAAGUGAUGCCAAUUCUGCCUGAGGAAGCGGUAGGGGUUGAUAUACCGGAGGAGGACCUUGAGAUUACUUUCACGAGAGCAGGUGGUAAAGGAGGACAGAAUGUUAACAAGGUUGAAACUGCUGUUCGCUCCGUUGCUUGUGUUGUGGUCCGUUGCUCAGGUUUGUCUUUCUUCUUUCACCAAUCUACUCAAACAUUCAAUGCAAGAAAGGCCAAAGGUAGCUGCAAUCUGCAUUUGUGUCAGCCUGUCGAAUCCUAA